CAGAGCCAAUAUCCUAGAGGUGCUAUGAUCCUCGGCGUGGUUUUAUCUUCUGAUAAAACAAAUAUCACUACCAUGGCUGGUGCCAGGAUUGCCCAUCCACUUCUUCUCGGCCUUGCCAACAUAUGUAUGCAUACUUGGAUGAAACUCUCAUCCAAAGCAUUCAUGCUCAUGGCUCUCCUCCCCAUUCUGAAGUACCUACACCCCAACCAAUGGAUGCGUGGCAUGCUUGAAGACCGCCUGGUGCAUGAGUGCCUUUCAAUUGUCCUGAAGCCCUUGAUGAUAGCGGCAGAAGUUGGCAUCAUGAUGUCCGAUCCGGUGGGAAAUGUUCAACACUAUUUUAUGCCUCUUGCAGUGUACAUCAUCGAUACCCCAGAGGCAGCCAUGCUUGUGUGUGUGCGUGGGAAGACAUCUCCUUUCACCACGGCUUCGUAUCUACAGUUUGGGGAUCAUUUCCGGCACCCCGCUUGUAUGCGUUGUCUUAAUAACCGAGGGUCUUAUAUAAAGUCGUGUAAAUGUAAUGACACCACAAUUACACUUUGGAUAAGACUGCUUGCCAGUCCUCGAUUAACACAGUCUACGACUUUUCCUAUUUCGUGGUAG